GCCAUUCGCCACUUUGACUUCUGGGGGUACCACAGUAGUUGACUGUCUCAAUUAACCCCACUGAUCGCCACUCUGAUGUACUACUCAAUAGUAUGCGUCUUCUGACUCAAAUCUAUGCGGUGGAUCCUCUAGCUCUCUGCAAGGCAAUUAAACCAAAGUUUUUUCCUUUAGUAUCGUCAGUUUCAGCGAUGUCUUGUUAUCAACUUUUUUUUCAAUUGUAUGUCCGAAAAUUCGUCCAUUCUUUGAUUAAUCAUCCUUUACUAAAAGUACGCUCGGUGGACCAUCUAUUGCCCUUGUCAUCACACAGCUCCGGAGCGCUUCGCAAACUCAAACGAAGUUGCUGCCUAUAAUUUUCAUGACCGUGAUAACUCUUCCUAGCCCAGACAAGAUAGUAAACCGUACUGAAAAUUGCGAUUAUACCAGUUACCAAGAUCGACCAGUUCAUAGUCGCUGGCGUGACUUCCUUGUA